CAAAUCUUCAAUCUAGGUCAAUUUCACAUCUUCAAUUUUCGCAAAGCAACAGCCAUGGAAGCUGCAGUUUCUCACCCUAGAGCAACUUAUCAUCACUUUUCCACCUUCUCGCCCAAAAUUGGGGCAUUUCGCCCUAACGCCUUGCCACUCACGGUUCGAAUCAAUCAGAGGAGUAAUUUGAAAGUGAUGAAAUGCGCGAAGGCGGAUUCAGUUCCUGCGGCGGAGCAGAGACUGGUGCUGGGGAAUGAAGAGGUGUCGGAUAUGGAGGAGGAGUUGAGGAAACUGAACGGGAAGUGCGGAGGGAUAGGAGGGAUAGUGGAAUUGAUGGAGUGUCUAGAGAGAGAGGCGAUAAUGGGAGACGAUGAGGGGAGAGAGCCGACUGAUUACAACCGGAGAGCCCUCAUUUUCGACCGGAGUUCUAGAGUGUUCCAGGCUCUCAAGCAACAGUCACAAACACUGGACACAACCUCUGCUUGAGCUCUUUGUUUCUUCUUCUUUUAUGUUGAAGGGAAUGCUCUUCUCUGUUUCUAUCUCAUCUUUCAAGUUCAGUUUUUAGAUAAUAUAAUCAUGAAAAAUCAUGUAAAAGAAGUUGAUUUCAAUGUUAUAAACUAGUUAUUCA